UUCGGCGUGUGACGUCACGAAUUGCGCAAUGAACAGGAAUGCGUAGGGGAGACUACGUCUGGUCUUACACGGAGGAGUCGACGCUGUGGAGGGACUCCGCGUCUACCGACUUGUUGUAGUCUUCCCGGAACCCUCAGUCCCGCCUGGGCCUGAGCAGCACACCUGGUCCGAAGACCCAACGGUUCUCCUACUGGCGGAGGCAGAGCUCUCCAGGCAUCAUGGGUGAGGCACCAGUCAGUGAUGACGGCACUGUGAUAAGAUCAGCCGAGUAUGUAGGUUCAUUUCCUGUGGAUGACCGCUGUCUGGAUGAGCAGAUGGAGCAACUAAACAGGCACCUGAAUGCCCUAAAGGCAUGCAAAAGAAGCAGACCUGUAUCCCUGAAGUUUUCCAUCAAAGGCGUGAAGAUGUAUGACGAGGACGAAACGACCCUCCUUAUGGCCCACGCUCUGCGGAGAGUGUCGCUGUCCACCGCCCGGCCCAGCGAUGCCCAGUUUGCUUUCGUGUCACACAACCCAGGCAGUGCCGAUGCCCAGCUGUACUGCCACGUUUUUAGAGCCAGACAUGCCAGAGCUGCUCAGUUCCUGAACCUGCUGCUGUGCCGCUGCUUCCAGCUAGCCUAUUUAGAGAAGCACCCUGAGGAGGCCCAGGAAGUCUCUUCUGGCUCCAUUCCCCGACGCACCCCAUCACUUCUCAACCACGGCUUCCCGCUCAGUGUCAGCGCCCUGGUGUCUUUCAGAAGAGCCCCCUUUCGGGGAUUGAUGUUCGGCUCAAAGAAACACAAGGCCUCUGGCGAGCAGCAUCACAGCAGCCAAGAUGAGGUCUUCCCCACCUCGUCCCCCUCGCUGGUGCGCAAGAAAGCCAUACGCAACAAAGGACUGCGUUCGGGGGCGUACCGCUCAUUCACAUUCACGCCGCUCAAACAACGCACCGUCCAGGAGCGUCUGAGCGCGUCACAAGAAAAGGAUCAAGACAAUACACCAGCAAGAAGAUCCCGAGCGCCGAGCUUAGCCGAAACGGAGGAAGCACUGGCUCAGGCUGUGUGGUGCUGGGCUGGUAUCGCAACUGACAACAGCUACUCCCUCCUAGCCGAUGAUGUCCUGGGAUCCUACCUCCUGUGUCCACAUCCCAAGAAACCCAAAGCCGGCUCCCUCAUCAUCCGCUUCCCAUCUGGCCUCAUCACCCACCUCAUUGAAAACAACCGUAAAGGGAAAUUCCUGCUGGAGAAGUGCAAAGCCGAACACAGUUCCAUUGCAGAGCUGAUUGAACAUUACACCGAGAAGCAGGAUGAGCUGCCAUGCCAGCUGAGCUGCGCACGGGUCAACCACUGUUACGAGUGGGAGGAAGACGCCGUUGGCCCGCAGGCUGCAGAGCCGCACAAGAACCUGAACAAAAGCAGAUUGCGGAGGACAAUGAAAGGAGCGGGGCAAAAGACCAGAUACUAGAACUUAUCAACUGCCAACAGUUAAUGGGACUACACUGUUUUUUUUCCCCCUUUGCACGUAUAUUAAUAUUUACUUUUUGGUGUGGUGGGAGGUUUCUAAGAGUUUCUAACACAAUGCACCUUUUUACUGUGUUGGCACUUCAAAUACGUACUAUACCAUGCAGGUCACUUUGUCAAAGCUCUUAUGUUCUGUACUUGCUGCUUUUAUGUUUUUAUAUAUGUGUAUUUUUACUCCAGUGUUUUUAAGGCAUGAGCCUUCAUAGUGUUCGCUAAUUGUCGUUACACCAAUGGCAAAGCUGUUUUUCCCUGCAAUGUCAGGAUGUAGCAAAUAUAUUUGUUUAAAUUGAA